UCUUUUACUUGUAACGAGAACCCUUUAUUAAAAAAAAUCUUUACUUUAUCCUUAUUCUUAUCUGCAAAAUUCCUUCUUGUUCCUUAGAUUAUGGGUUUUUUUGUUCCUCGAGAAAGUUGAUUGCUUUCUUGGAAUCCAUGUAUGGCCUUUCUCUUUGUUGUUUUUAAAGGAACCGUCUGCGUUAAAUAUUUUUAGUAACUUAGUGAGUUGAUUAAGCAAUCUUGGCCGUAAUCAAGUUUGCAGCUUUUUGCUUGAGAUCAGAUCCUGUUAUGGAGUCUCCACAAUCUGAGACAUCAAUCGUCAAUGGUAGUAUCCAUAUGAAUGGCAGUGGUGAAACCAGAACAAAGAAUCCGGUCAUGUCCUCUAGUUCAGACAGUUUCGUUGGUGUGCUUGAGGUUUUUGUUCACCAAGCUAGAGAUAUCCAGAACAUUUGUAUCUAUCAUAAGCAAGAUGUGUAUGCUAAGCUUUCUCUCACAAGCGAUCCCAAGACCUCCUUGUCCACCAAGAUCAUCAAUGGUGGAGGGAGAAACCCUGUUUUUGACGACACCCUUCAGUUUGAUGUGAAGAAUCUGGAUUGUUCGCUUAAGUGUGAGAUAUAUAUGAUGAGCCGCGUGAAGAAUUAUCUUGAGGAUCAGUUACUUGGAUUCAGUCUUGUACCUUUGUCUGAAGUGAUUGUGAGGAAUGGGAAGCUGGAGAAAGAGUUCUCUCUUUCUUCAACUGAUUUGUAUCACUCUCCUGCAGGAUUUGUUGAGCUGUCGCUGUCGUAUGCAGGAGAUUUGCCUGAGGUAAUGCACAUUCCUGCGGUUCCAACAGCGGAUGAGACCGAGUUGGCUCCUAUCGAGUUUGAUGAAAAUGAGUUUCUGGAUCCAAAGAUUGUAUGUGAAAACAAUCAAAUGGUGUCCAAGUACUUUUCUACUACUUGUUCAGAUUCUGACGAUUUUGCAAGCUCUGAAACCGGCUUUGUGGAAGUAAACAGCAUCCUGUCUGCUGUUGUUGACACUGUUGAAGAAGCAGCCCCAACGAAUACUGUCUCAACAAAUGAAAUCUCUUCUCCAUCAACUGCAGUUAGUUCUGGCUCCUCGGGAACUCAUGAUGAUUCAAAGCAAUCAAGCGAAGGCAACAACUUAGGUUCAGUUAAAGAAGCAACGAAGGCAACAGAUAUCAUCGACAAUGGUGAUUUUGAUAAGACGGAUGACGAAGCCGUUGUGAAACCGGUUCUGACAGUAAACAUUGAACCAGAGCAACAGGUAGUGCAGCAAGAUAUUGUUGACAUGUACACGAAAAGCUUGCAGCAAUUCACUGAGUCACUGGCUAAGAUGAAACUCCCUUUGGACAUCGAUAGCCCGACUCAAUCUGAGAACUCAAGCUCCUCCCAGCAGACGCCAAAGAGUGCUAGCUCUCGUGUUUUCUAUGGGAGUAGAGCCUUCUUCUGAAGCUCGGUAAUCAUCUCAAGUUUGGCAUCAGAAGUAGCAAGUAGUGAAAGUGUAAUAACUAAUAAGUUAAAAGUAGACUAUCCAAAAUGUGUAACUAUCUUCCUUUGAUGCCUUUAGCUUUUCUUGUUAUCUGCAACGUUUCUAAUUCAGUACUAUAGUUUCCCA